AUGAAUGUGAAUAGUGCGAGAUUAGAUAAUGAUGCUGAGGUUAGUGAUGCAGUUCUUGGCGAUAUCGAGAGUAAUCUUUUUUGGCAUCGAGAACGGUCAUCCAGAGUGACGUCUGGUGACGUCGAUACGAGCGACGGCGGAGCAUUUAAUGCUAAAGUGAUUGCUAGUGCAUGUUGCGCAAAGUGUCAGCUGCACUAUCGACCAUUGCAUCGCGAAUUUUUGGACGCGCAAGAGCAGUUUAUAACAGGCCAUUUGGGAACACGAUCUCGGAUACCGAAUUCCUUUGGGGAAUUCGACUUGCUGGCAAGCACUUUUAAUAUUGCUUUUCAAUAUAAAUGGAAUCUGGCUUCUUCGAGUGAACAGCAUCAUGGAUUUAAUAGUCUGAAAUCGGGCCGAAAUGGAUUAAAUAGAGCCUUUCUGUUUAUUCAAGAAGAGUGUCAACUCUGUACAAGUAAGCUAUUAGAGAUGUACAAAUCACCGAAAGGACCAAAGAUGGAAGAGGGCAAUUUUUCUGUGAAUUCUGUAACUGCACCUUGUGCUUUCGAAUUUGAAAUAAAAAUCAGUGACUUCAAGUAUUUGGGCAAGGAAGGGAGCAGCUAUCCGGAAAGUCAGUCUGAAAUCACUCAUUCAUCCUCUCCUCGCCCCUCAACAACUGUGAUCGUUUCUGCAACAUCUCCCUGA